UUCUUCAGCAAUACCACCCCAUUUCAGCCUGUAAGUUCGUCCUCGCCACCGAAUUUCUGGAUGCCACUGAGCAUGCAAAAAGAGGUAUGGACUACUGCACUCACGGAAGAGCCAUCCUACAACAAAGUCAAAUUUAUUGAAGGAAAGAGAACCAUUCUGCACUAUGCACAGGAGAAUCCAGUCAAGCAGGAACCACACAAACUCUUGAAGUUACUGGCAUUAACAGAGCCGAAUUCCACAACUAUAUCACCUUCAAGGACACCUGCAUCUGCAGCUGGAUACAAAAUACCUGUCAUUGAAAAUUUAGGAGCCACACUGGAUCAAUUUGAUACUAUUGAUUUCUCCGAUAACGACAUUCGCAAGUUGGAUGGAUUUCCUCAUCUCAAGCGUCUAAAAUGUUUGCUUUUGAAUAACAACAGGAUAGUGCGAAUAGCUGAAGGAUUGGAAACUUGUCUUCCAUCCCUUGAAACACUAGUUUUAACUGGAAAUAUGUUACAAGAACUUGCUGAUUUGGAUCCCUUAGCAUCAGUUCCAACCCUGAGAGUUCUCAGCUUAUUGCAUAAUCCUAUAACAGCUCGUCACCAUUAUAGGCUCUAUGCAAUAUAUAAGCUUCCUCAACUUACUCUUUUGGACUUCCGUAAAAUAAAGAUGAAAGAAAGAGAAGAAGCCAAUGCAUUGUUUAAAAGCAAAAAGGGCAAGGAAAUACAGAAGGAAAUUGCAAAAAAAUCAAAAACUUUUGUACCUGGUGCAGGACUUGCCGAGUCCUCAAAACCAUCUGGACCUACAGAAGAAGAAGUUUGGAAGAUUAGAGAAGCCAUUUCCAAAGCUAGUUCCUUGGAGGAAGUGGAAAAAUUGAACAGGUUACUUCAAGCUGGACAAAUUCCAGGCCACAAACCAAGUGGAGCAGGUCCAUCUAGUAGAGGUCCUCCAGAGGAGGAAAUGGAAGAUGAUGAUGACGAACCAUCGUCAAAACGACGCUCUAUAAAUGGAAAGUGAAAUGCUCGCAAGCUGAAGGACUCAUCUACUCUGUUAGCCAUUGUGUUGGUAAAACUAAAGGACAUACAAAAUGAGUUUUUGGUGGAUUUGUAGGUGGUCUUAAAGAGUUGAACUAAUUUUGCUUAAAGAAACUCAACCAUCCUAUAUUUUCAUUUCCCCUGUGUUUUAUCACAGUAUAGGUAAGUAAUUGAAUGAUAAGUGAUAAUGUUAAUUGUCUUGUUAUAUAUAUAUAAUCAGUAUGCUGAAAGGAACAGAUGGUACACAAAAGAGAAGCGAAAUAUUUAGUUAAAAAAUUCAUGUAAUUUGAAAUAAUUAAAUACAGUUGUAUUUGUAAUAUCUGGCCUGAAGCAAUAAACUUUUUUUUUUUAAAGUAUGUCUGUUAUAGUUUUAAUAUUUCCUGACACAGUUGCUCUGUUAGUAAACCACAUUUUUUAAACAACUUAUUAUUGUUCACAAAAUACCAUUUUUAACUUUGAUUAGAGGGCAAAUUGCAUUCAUAGCAUUAAUCAUUUUCUCUGCUGACUCUGUAUCUUCCAUACAAAUAUUAGCAAAAAUAUGUAAUUUUUGAAGACCAUAUGGACUCUGAAAAAAUAAAAAAGAACUUACAAUUUCUACUAUUACUUACUGUUGAGUGUCCAUAACAAUUACUAAACCAGUGCUUUGCAAGCCUCUUGUAGCAUGAAAAUUGUUC